AUGAGUGGUCAGGCCUCCGGUGGUGAGGGCAGGUCUUGGUCACAAUCAAGAGAUCAAGACGAACCCCAAGUGAACCGGGCAGCCGAGGGGCUACAUGAACCAAUCUCUUUCAAACGGAAAACAAAACCAAGAUCGCGCUUCAGCUUAUCCAGUCUUCUCUCCCCUACCGCUGGCGGUUCGGACACCGGUUUCAGCUCUCCCGCGCCGCAAGGUGGUCAGAACGGAGACGCAUCGCCCCUCGAUCCUUAUGCGCCGAUAGGGUUCGGUAAUGGAGCUGAUGGAUCAAAAGACGGCGGUCCGCUAGAUUGGUAUGUCGAAGGUCCGGGCAGACGUGUGGGCUACGACGACUUCACUGCCAUCGAUUGGAUCUAUGAGUACACAAAAGAGCGACAGAGGAAACGGCUACUCUACUCCAGCGGGCAAGGCUUAUUAGGACACGCUCGUCGACUUCUUGAUGCAAGCAAUGUCUGGUUGGUGUUGAUCGCCACAGGUAUUGCUGUUGGCAUUAUUGCUGCAUCGAUCGACAUCGCUACGGAUUGGCUGGGUGAUCUGAAAGGUGGAUAUUGCAAGAACGGUAGUGGGGGUGGAAAGUUCUAUUUGAACAAGAGCUUCUGCUGCUGGGGCUUGGAUGAUCACUCGAAAUGCCUUGACUGGACACCAUGGGGCAACGCACUUGGUGCAAAGUCCACAGGAGGAACAUACGCAGUUAGCUAUAUUUUCUACAUCAUGUUCUCGGUUUUCUUUGCUGCAUGUGCUUGCUUCUUGGUCAGAAACUAUGCCGUCUAUGCUCGGCACAGUGGAAUCCCUGAAAUCAAAACAGUGCUUGGUGGAACUGUUAUCCGACAUUUCAUGGGACCUUGGACCCUUGCCAUUAAAUCCUUAGGCCUAUGUCUUUCCGUCGCAUCAGGGCUGUGGCUUGGUAAAGAAGGUCCACUCGUACAUGUUGCAUGUUGUUGUGCCAACAUUUUGAUGAAACCGUUCGACAGCCUCAAUGGCAAUGAAGCACGUAAACGAGAGGUUCUGUCCGCCGCUGCCGCUGCAGGGAUUUCAGUCGCUUUCGGUGCACCUAUCGGUGGUGUGCUUUUCAGUUUAGAGCAACUAUCGUAUUAUUUCCCUGAUAAGACCAUGUGGCAAAGUUUUGUCUGCGCCAUGGUUGCGGCUGUGACUUUACAAGCCCUAAAUCCAUUCCGAACAGGGAAGAUUGUGCUGUACCAGGUCACGUACACUCGAGUCUGGCAUCGCUUCGAAAUUAUUCCUUUCAUCAUACUGGGCAUCAUAGGUGGUCUUUAUGGUGCCUUCCUUAUCAGACUGAACACAAGGAUUGCCAAGUGGAGGCGAGCUCGAACCUCUUCCCGGCCGAUCCUUGAAGUGGUGGUCGUGGCUCUAAUCACGGCUUUGGUGAACUAUCCCAAUCAUUUCAUGCGAGCUCAGAACUCGGAGCUAGUCCAGUCACUGUUCGCAGAAUGUAGCCCAACCACUUACGAUCGAUUUGGUCUUUGUGCCACAGGAUCUGCAUCUAUCGGCGUGGCAAUCUAUCUCGUUGUGGCCGCGCUGCUAGCAUUUUUCUUGGCUUCUUUGACAUUUGGACUCGAGAUCCCUGCCGGUAUCAUUCUUCCUUCAGUUGCCAUUGGUGCUCUUUAUGGGCGUGCUUUGGGCAUCAUUGUUCGCAUGUGGCAAGAAGCCUACCCGAAAGCGUUCUUAUUUGCGAAAUGCGAGCCAGAUGUCCCAUGUGUCACACCUGGGCUAUACGCUAUCAUUGGGGCUGCUGCUGCUCUUGGAGGUGCCACUCGAAUGACUUUGUCUAUCGUUGUAAUCAUGUUCGAGUUGACUGGUGCAUUGACAUACGUCAUUCCAAUCAUGAUUGCUGUCAUGCUAUCAAAGUGGUGCGGUGACAUCUUCGGAAAGCGAGGUAUCUACGAGUCAUGGAUCCGAUUGAAUGAUUAUCCUUUCCUUGAUCAUCGUGAUGACACUACACCACCAGAUGUGUCUGCCCAUCGUGUUAUGACAACAGUCGAUGAUAUCAGCAUCAUCACUGCGACCGGUCACACUAUUGCCUCAAUCCGCACUCUUCUGGCAAACACCACGUACCGCGGAUUCCCCGUUGUGUCUGAGACAUCAAGUCCUAUCUUGCUGGGCUACAUCACUCGCAAUGAGCUCUCUUUUGCUUUGAAAUAUUCAACUUCUCCCUCCACCCGCAAUCUCUCUAAUGAGACGCAGGUCUUUUUUUCUCACCAACCAUUUGCAGACCCUGUUGAUACACUUGAUCUGCGGCCUUGGAUGGACCAAACGCCUAUCACGCUGAACAGUAAUAUCACUUUCUUGAUUGUGCUGCGAAUGUUCCAACGUCUGGGCUUGCGCUAUGUCUUAUUUGCCAAUAAAGGCAUUCUCCAAGGGUUACUGACCAAAAAAGACGUUUGGUCUGUGCUUAACGGUGUUGAGUUUCGCCGUGAAGAAGCCCUUCGAAACGAUGAGUUCCGGGAUUUCCAGGAUCGUCAUGAGGCCGAGGAAGUUGGCUUACUCGAUGGGAAUGCUAGAUCCAGUAUCGGCAGCUCUUUAAGGCGAGACUCUCUUUGA